AUGGCCUUUCCUUCCCAGCUCGGAUUUCAAGAUGCUGCUUCUCCUGUUAUAGAAGAACUUCUUCACUUUCAUGACCACGCUUUGAUAAUUGUUUUUAUAAUUAGCGCCCUAAUCGGCUAUUUCAUCAUUGCCAUGGUCACUGCUAACCUCUCAGACAUGUACAUCCUUGACUCUCAAGAAAUUGAAAUCAUUUGAACCGUACUGCCAGCAGUCGUCCUUAUUUUAAUUGCUCUUCCUUCCCUUCGCAUCCUCUAUCUUAUAGAUGAAGUUAAUGACCCCCAUCUGACAAUCAAAGCCAUGGGCCACCAAUGAUACUGAAGCUAUGAAUACACUGACUACGAAAACCUUGAAUUUGACUCCUACAUAAUCCCUACACAAGACCUUGCCCCUGGACAAUUCCGCCUUCUGGAAGCAGACCAUCGUCUAAUUGUGCCAGCUGAGUCCCCAAUUCGAGUAUUAGUCUCUGCUGAAGAUGUCCUCCACUCCUGAGCAGUCCCUGCUCUUGGGGUAAAAAUAGACGCAGUACCCGGCCGACUAAACCAGACAGCUUUUAUCGCAUCUCGUCCCGGGGUCGUGUACGGUCAAUGCUCAGAAAUUUGUGGCGCGAAUCACAGCUUUAUACCAAUCGUAGUUGAAGCAGUCCCACUUCAACAAUUUGAAGAUUGAUCCGCCCUUAUAAUUCAAGAUGCCU